UGUGGAAAUGAGCCUUCUGUAUGGCGGCAUCUGCCGACUCACCGUGUGCACGUAAAAGCAUCCGGCUAAAGAACUACGUUUCCCAUGAUGCAUCGGCUCACGUUUGGACGACAGAAGUGUGUUGAGACUCCAAGAUGGCGGCGUGGGGAAGGAGGCGCGGUGUCCCAGGCAGCAGGGAGAGAGUCGUGUCGUCCACAGACUGCUACAUCGUGCAUGAGAUCUACAAUGGAGAGAACGCUCAGGAGCAGUUUGAGUACGAGCUGGAGCAAGCCCUGGAGGCGCAGUACAAGUACAUCGUGAUCGAGCCCACCCGCAUUGGGGACGAGACGGCCCGCUGGGUCGCGGUGGGGAACUGCCUGCACAAAACAGCCGUGCUGUCGGGCAGCGCCUGCCUGCUCACCCCGCUGUCCCUGCCCCUGGAGUACUCGCGCUACAUCGCUCUGCCUGCCGGAGCCCUCAGCGUGGCCUGCGCAGCCCUCUACGGCAUCUCCUGGCAGUUCGACCCCUGCUGCAAGUACCAAGUUGAGUACGACACCUAUAAACUGUCCCGCUUGCCACUGCAUACGCUCACUACUUCCACGCCCGUGGUGCUGGUGAGAAAGGACGACAUUCACAGAAAGAGACUCCACAACACGAUAGCACUAGCUGCCCUGGCAUACUGUGUAAAGAAGAUUUAUGAACUUUACGUUGUUUGAUUUAAGAAAACAAACAGAAAAAAAAUUGAGACAGAAUGUUAAGCUUCUAGUAUUGUUUUGGCACACUUUCUUUUUAAUUCUCUGAAGUAACAUCACCAGUGCACUGAUUAUAUAUCACUCUACAUAUUUCUUUUUCCAGUUCUCCGUACACUAAACUGUGGGUUUGGAUUGAAUUCAAUAUUUGAGAAUUAAAAGACCUUUUAAAUGGACAAACUGCGUUUUAAGUAUUAACAAAGGCCUGAUGCAUCUAUUUUCCUAGUAGUUUUAUUGUACCCUUCAUUGCUGGUCAGAAAGACAUCCCUUCAUUAAACGUUAGGACAUUAGAAAAUGUUCUCUCUCUUUUUUCACAUUCCGUCUCUUCCCUUUUUAUGCUUGUUGUUUUGGCUCCAGGAUAAAAGUGAAUAUGCAAAUAAAGAAGCUGUAAGUGCAGAGAAUGAGGUACACAUGUGCCAUGCAUCUGCAUAAACAGAUCUUGGGAGCUGCAUUUCACAGGAAAAUAUAAAUAUUUUAUCAAAACCAAAUUCAUACAAAAUCAGAGCUAAAAAGCUUAAUUAUUGUCAUCCCUGUUGCUUACAGUUUGUUGCGCAGACAUGUCUAAUGUGUUGGCACAUGUAGUGAAUAGUGCUGGGCACAACAACGCUGGGUGGAGUAUUCUCAUACAGACCUCGGGUAUCCUUUUUAAUGCACAUGUUCUUGGAAUGAAAUGAAGUGAUCUAUAGAGUCUGCCUUUAGUGGCUGUUACUUAAGAACUUCCUUAGGGCCCAUUUGAUUACCUGGGAAAUAAUUUUAGGUAAACAAUAAACUGAGUGAAUGUUGCAAUAUUUAACACGCUGAUAUUCAAGAACCUUUCAAAUUCAUACACUUAACAGAAUGCAUGGGGGAUCCAUUUUGUUUUAUGAUGUUUAUUGCAUUGACAUGCCUCAAACUUCUUGCGUACUCUUUUCAUGUAGCUCAAAUACUGUAUCUCAAAUUCAGUUAUCAAAACAACUGAAUUAGACUUCUGUCUCACAGGUUUUGAAAUAAAUAAAUACCCCAAUCUGAGUUCAA